AUGGCCCCGAAAAGAAAACCUGCCGUUGCCGCAGACGCUGCUGCUCCCAGUACCACGAAAAAGACGGCCACAAAGACCGCGAAGCCAGCUACAAAAGCGGCCCCGAAGAAGGCUGCCGCUCCUAAGACGGCUCCUAAGAAGGCUCCUAAGAAAGCCGCGGCUCCAAAGAAUCCUGUUGCCGCCGAUAAGGAAGCUCCGAAGAAGGCUCCCGCGAAGAAGAGCGCCCCGGCGAAGACUGUCACCACCAAGGCAGGUCCAAAGGCGACCAGAGGCUUGAAACGCAAGGCUCCCGACGAUGAGGACGAUGACUCUAGCCCCAGUUCCAGCUCCGACGAAGACGCCGCAAGCUCAUCUGGGGGUCCGCCUCAAAGCAAGAGGCCCAGAGCGUCGGCGGACGAAAGCAAGAUGCCCAGAGCGUCGGCGGACGGCUUGGCCGAGUCAGGCACGGCUCGACGCCCAAGAACAGCUGGCCGGGCCGUGCAGAAACCAGCGCCCCCGAAGGCCCCGGCCAAGCCAUUUCGGAAGAGAAGAUUCGUGCAGAAAGUCCAAAACGAGAGGCCAACCAAGGUCCUAGAUGUAUUCGUCUUUGGCGAGGGGUCAGCGGGCGAACUCGGCCUCGGUAGUACACCCUAUGAGGGUAAGAAGCCCAAGGACGUGAAAAGACCUCGAUUCAACCACAAUCUCGACGCCGACAAGGGGGUUGAGAUUGUCCAGAUUGCCUGUGGUGGCAUGCACGUCGCUGCCCUGACAAGUAUUGGAAACGUGCUUACCUGGGGUGUCAACGACGAUAAGGCACUUGGCCGUGACACCACUUGGGAGAGCGUUCAACAUGACAUUGAUGACUCUGAUUCUGACUCGGGUGGAGAUGACGAAUCGGGCCUGAAUCCUCUUGAGAGUACCCCCAGUGAUGUCAGUUUUGUUGGUGUCGAUCCUCCGGAUGAUGACAAUGCCUUGGAGGAAGCGGUUAGGUACCUCCUAGAUGUUGGCAUGGGCAUUGUUCAGGUCGCUGCAACCGACUCGGCGACCUUCGCACUUACCCCAGGUGGCCAGGUCUACGGAUGGGGAACCUUUAGAGGCGCUGACGGUAUCAUCGGAUUUUCCAAGGGGAUCAAGAGUCAACCGACCCCUAUGUUGAUCGAGGGACUGCAAUGGAUCACCAAGAUUGUCUGUGGCUCCAACCACGUGGUGGCGCUGGAUGUUGACGGCAGAGUUUUCACAUGGGGUAGUGGCGGCCAGUACCAGCUAGGUCGGAAGCCUUUGAGCCGGCAUAGUAAAGACAAAACCGAGCUCAAACCGCAAGCGUGUGGCAAAUUCUUCAAGAAUCAUUACGCCAUUGAUAUUGCGGCGGGUUCGUACCACAGCUUCUACAUCGACAACAAGCGCAGGGUUUGGUCAUGGGGCCUCAACAAUUAUUCGCAGACGGGCCUUUACGACGACACGGGCAAGGACGAUGCCAUGGUCCUCGAACCCAAGAUUGUCACCUCGUUGGAGAAGUAUAAGGUCAAGAUGAUCGCGGGUGGCGAGCACCACUCGGUGGCUUGCACUGAUGAUGGGACGCUUCUCACUUGGGGCCGCAUCGAUGGUCAUCAGGUCGGCCACCCCUUGACAGCGUACAACGAGGACAACGCUAUCUUUGAUGACAGCAACAAGCCUCGUAUCCUGAUAGAGCCUACUCCGAUCAAAGGCAUAUAUACCACAUUUGUUGCGGCCGGUACGGAUACCAGCUUUGCCAUUGACAAUAAUGGCCAUGUCCACUCGUGGGGUUUCUCGGCCAACUACCAGACUGGCCAAGGCACGACAGAUGACGUCGAGGUGCCCGAAGUUAUUGACAACACGGCUAUUCGCGACAGAGUCAUUUCCUUUGCAGGUGCUGGUGGUCAGUACUCGCUCGUUGCGUCGGAGCGGCCAGGCCAGGUGGACUUGGAGGAAGGAGGGGGAGAUGAUUCGUCUGUCGGCAGUGUUGAUGGUGAAAACGGCAUCUGA